AGCUUACACGUGUAACCGGAAGUCAAUGUGGAAUAGGCGUGAACAAUAACAAAAUUGAUCAUAUGAAACAAUUAUUAUUAUGUAGUUGAAAAUUGACCUUCAUAUACGGAAGAGAGACCACCACUUUAUUGUUUCAGAUCUUAAUUUCCUACAAACAUGUCUAGACAAGGAACGAGAGGUGUAGAUCAGCGUAAAGUGAAUGGUGAAUUGUUUUCUUUGACAUACGGGGCACUUGUAGCCCAACUGCUAAAAGAUUAUGAAGAUGAUGAGGAAGUCAACAAACAACUAGAGAAAAUGGGUUACAACAUUGGAGUCAGAUUAAUCGAGGAUUUCCUUGCAAGAUCAAAUGUGGGAAGAUGCAAUGAUUUUAGGGAAACUGCAGAUGUGAUAUCAAAACUGGGCUUUAAGAUGUACUUGGGGAUACAACCUGUGGUCAGUAAUUGGAGUGCUGCGGGAGAUGAAUUCUCACUGUUGGUAGAGAACAACCCACUAGCAGAUUUUGUGGAAUUACCCCCGGGCCAUUCACAACUGAACUUUUCCAACAUUUUAUGCGGAGUUCUAAAAGCUGCAUUAGAAAUGGUUCAGAUGGAGGUGGAUGUUAGGUUUGUGCAGGAUACAUUAAAAGGAGAUAACAUAACAGAAAUUCGCCUCAAAUUCAUUAAACGACUGGAGGAUGCCAUUCCUGUGGGAGAGGAUUAAGAUGUGAGGACAUCAAACGACAUUUUGAGAAGUGUUUGUUGAAGGACGACAUGCAUUGAAUUGCUUAUAUUGAUGUAUUUAUGUUUUCAGCAAAAAAAGUACAAGAAGUCAUUCCUAAAGUCUUGUGUAGUCAUCUCAAAAUAUGUUGUGUGGGGUAGGGUGGGGCUGUAAAAGUGAUACAGUAAGUACUUGUACUAGUGUGUUGAUGACUGAGAGUGAGGUAGGGUGGGGUGUAAAAGUCAUACAGUAAGUACUUGUACUAGUGUGUUGAUGACUGAGAGUGUAGAACAUUGUAAUCUGUUGUGUUAAUGUGGAUGUAAUGUAGCGAUGUGUGAAAACUCUAAUGAUAAAAUGUUAUGUGUAUUGUUCUUAAUAAAUAAUAAUACAGAGGAUGACAAUACCUGUAAUGGAAUUAGUAAAAUAGUA